UGCGCACACGGACGAGGAGCGCGCUCAUCUCCUCUUCCAUCCUUUUUCUCCUCUUUCCGCCUCCGCCGCUCCAUCCUCCGCUCCUCUCGGAUACCUGAGCUCACCUCACCUGGCGGGGACGCACCGACGGUCGGAAGCCGAGCUCCGGGUGACGAUGGCCGGCUGAGGACUGCGCUUUUCCACCCCCCCGCCCCCGCUCAGGAGCCUGCAGGUGCGGGACGUGCGCGCUGGAUGUACCGCCGGAGGACGGAGACGAGCUGGACUUUUGGUGGUCCUGUGGAGAUGGACGCGGCCGGAAGGUUCUGCUAGAACCGAACAGGAGCAUUUGGGUCGGAACCACAACCAGGAGAGGAAAUAAUGCGCAGAGUGUGGAUCCUCCUAGUUCUCAUAGAAGAGAGCCUCGCUUUGGCACAAAGAACUAAAGUGUCCGUGGGCGAGCAUGGCGUCUCCCCGCAGAGUGCCAACCAGAAUGAGUGCGGCACGUGGGUGCGUAACAUCAACGGCGGCGUGUUCACCUCGCCAAACUACCCCAACACGUACCCGCCCAACAAGGAGUGCGUCUACAUCCUGGAAGCGUUGCCGCGGCAACGUAUCCAGCUGGCGUUCGACAAGAAUUACUACAUGGAGCCGUCCUUCGAGUGUCGCUUCGACCACAUCGAGAUCCGCGACGGCCCCUUCGGCUUCUCGCCGCUCAUGGAGCGCUUCUGUGGCGGCAAGAACCCAGGCCUAAUCACCUCCACCGGACGCUUCAUGUGGAUCAAGUUCACCAGCGACGAGGAGCUGGAAGGACUCGGCUUCAGGAUCAAGUACACCUUUGUUGCAGACCCUGACUUCCAUCUGCAUGUCGGCGGACUCUUAAAUCCCAUCCCAGACUGUCAGUUUGAGCUGGCGGGCUACGACGGCAUCAUCCGCUCCAGCCAGGUGGACGAGGCCAAGCGCGUGAAGCCUGGAGACGCCCUGGACUGCAUCUGGACCAUCAGGGCCCCGCCACAGUCCAAGAUCUACCUGCGCUUCAUGGAGUACCAGAUGGAACACUCCAACGAGUGCAAGAAGAACUUUGUGGCCAUUUACGACGGCAGCAGCGCCAUCGAGAACCUGAAGGCCAAGUUCUGCAGCACGGUGGCCAACGACGUCAUGCUGGAGACGGGCGUGGGCGUGGUGCGCAUGUGGGCCGACGAGAAGAGCCGACUCAGCCGCUUCCGCAUGCUCUUCACCUCCUUCGUGGACCCUCCGUGCUCGGCCAACACCUUCUUCUGCCACAGCAACAUGUGCAUCAACAACUCGCUGGUGUGCAACGGCGUGCAGAACUGCGUCUACCCCUGGGACGAAAACCACUGCAAAGAGAAGCGAUCGAGCGGUCUCUUCCAUCAGAUCACCAAGACCCACGGCACCGUCAUCGGCGUCUCGUCCGGGAUCGUCCUGGUUCUGCUCAUCAUCUCCAUCCUGGUCCAGAUGAAGCAGCCCAGGAAGAAGGUAACUUCAGGCAGAACUUUGAGAGAAAAACACCUCGGACAUCCGCUCCAAAAGGUGGUCGCCCGCCGGCCCGGCGUCUUCAACAAGGCGGGCCUGCAGGAGGUGUUUGACCCGCCGCACUACGAGCUCUUCUCCCUGCGCGACAAGGAGUUGUCGUCGGACAUGGCCGACCUGUCGGAGGAGCUGGACAGCUUCCACAAGGUGCGGCGCUCGUCCACCAUGUCGCGCUGCGUCCACGAGCACCACUGCGGCUCGCAGGGCUCGGUGGCGCCGGGCGGCGGCGGCGGCAGCAUGAAGCACAGCCGCACCACGCUCAGCUCCAUGGAGCUCUCCUACCACAACGACUUCUCCAAGCCGCCGCCCAUGAAGACCUUCAACUCCACAGGCACGUACAAGAAGAGCUGCUACGGCUACAAGCCGCAGACUCACGACUGCGACCAGCAGGUCAUCGAGGACCGCGUCGCCGAGGAGAUCCCCUGCGAGAUCUACGGCCGCGGCGGCGGCGGCGGCGGCGGCGGAGGAGGAGGAGCCGCGGCCGGCAUGGGGGGAGCCUCCGGCAUCACGGGCGGAGUGGCCCUCGCCGGGGGGAUGGGCAUGGCGGGCGGGAUGGCGAUGGCGGGGCCCAGCGGCAUCGCGGGGGGCAUCGGCGGCGGGAUGGCGGGACCCUGCGGCACCCUCACCAUCCGCGGGAGCAGCGCUCGUAACAGCGCCAACGUGGUGGACCCCCAGCAGCGCUCCAUGUCCAUGGACUUCUAGAACGUGUUGCAUGAAGACCACGCCUGACAUCCACUCACCACAUGUAGAAUAUUUAUCCAUGUAAAUAUAUGUAGCAAAUAUUUAUUUCUUCCCUUAAGUGUUAGUCUCCUCACCAGCGCUCGGCUUCUUCAAGUUCUUUUUGCCGUCGGGCGGAUUUCUAUGACGAAAAGGCUAAAAUCCCAGGCUCCCCCAAACGCCACACGGCCCUGACCAGAGCGGCUUUUCCACGACUUCUUCCUUCACGUUCUCGCGCGAGGGCCAGGGUGUCCAAAGUGCGGUCCCGGGGCCAUUUUUACACAUUUAUUUGUGAAGAAAAUGACAAGAAAAAGUGGUAUUAAAAAAAAAAAAAGGAAAUAGAUUAAAUAUGUUGAAAAAAAUGUUGCAAUAUUGACAUUAAUAACACAAAACUGCUAUGUCGGCGUUUUUUUUUGUUUUUUUUUUACUUUAAAACUGUAAUUGCUCAAAAAAUAAUAGAAAUUAUAAUUGACGGUUAGAUUUGAAGUCGGUCU